CACUCCAUCCAGCCUGGGCGACAGAGAAGACUUGGUCUCAAAAAAAUAAGAAAGAGAAAGGAAAGAAACAAAAGGAACGAGGGCUGGACUGUGACUGUAUGUGGCUGAUAAAUUGCUAUCGACCUCAUCUGUUCCGUGUCAAGUGUCCUGUGUUUGGUCAUCAUGUACCAUUUAGGGCAGGGAUUCCCUCCUUCACCAGUGGGGUGAAUAGGAGGUUAUCACAACACCACUCCCUCCUCUCCCACGGGAAUCUAGAGCAGCCUUUCAUGCCUUUCCCUUUUUCUCACUUAUACCUAAUCUUCUUGUCCUUACCUCCCAAAACACUUUUUAUAUUAUGUCUCUGGUUAUUUCAUGAUUCGUUGCAGACAUUUUCUUCCAUUUGGAGGGCAACAUGUUUUCUCACACAGAUCUUCGUGCCCUGUCCUUUUAGUGCUGCUGGGCUUUUCACUUCCCUCAGAGGGUUUUGUUGGCAUAAUUGCUUAUUGAGGAGGAAUUUUUAGUUUCAGGAGUCAGUGACCUUCAAGGAUGUGUCUAUAGAUUUCUCUUGGGAAGAGUGGAUUCAAGCAGAUUCUUCUCAGAGGAUGACCAUGUAUGGGGAGGUGAUGCUGGAGAACUACAGGAACCUGUUCUCACCGGGUAAGGACUUCUUAUAACUCAAAACCCACCUCUUCACACCUUUCCCUCUCAAUCCUGUGUGACCUCUGAAAUUUAUGAAUUUGGACUCGAAAUCCCUGAUCAUAAGGCAUUGUUUUAGGGUGUUUGCUUGGUGUCCUCUCUUUCAAGGUGGAAGACUGAAAUUUUCUGUAGAGAAUGGAAAAUGGGGAACUUCAUAAGCCACACCUUCCUUGUUUCAGAAGCCAUGAAGGAGAAAGGAUCAGAACUGUGCCAGGAUUGGUUUUUAGACUCAGUUCAGAACCCAAAGUUAAUGUCUUUCCUCUCAAGCAGGAAAUCACCUUUCCAAACCCAGUGUGACUUCCCAGCUGGACCGAGAAGAACUGAGCCUGAUGAAAACAGAACUGCCUGACGCUGGCUUUCCAGGUUGGUCAGGAAGGGCCUCUCCUUUAAUGUGACUUUUGAACAAUACUGAAAGUGAUGGGCCAUGUAGGACAACAUUGAGGACCUAGGGAACAGCAGGUGCGAAGGCCCUGGGAUUUUCUUGGAUAUUGCCGCCAGAUUAAUCUGCCAUUUAGUCCUCUCAUCCUGUCCAAGUCAAGAGGAGAAAGUAUUGAGUGAGUGCUGUGCCCGGCUCUUCCGCAACCAGCGUCUCACUCGCUUGACACAAAACGUCUGUGGACUGGGAGACAAGACUUGAAACCAAAGCGCCAACUCUGAAGCCCAAUAUUACUGAAGAUUUAUGCCAUGGGGUACUAAUGGAAAGGGAAGGUGUCUGGCAUUCUACUGUAGGGGAAACCUGGGAACCUAAUAAUUGGUUAGAGGGACAACAGGAUAGUCAUCUGAGCCAAGUGGCAGUUACCCCUAAGAAAACCUUCACCGAGAGGAGAGUAUGUGGAGGUAAUGAAUUUGAAAGAUGUUCCAGUCAGGAUUCAAUCCUUGAUACACAACAAAGCAUUCCUAUGGUAAAAAGGCCCCAUAACUGUAAUUCACAUGGAGAAGAUGCCACGCAAAAUUCUGAGUUAGUUAAAACUCAAAGAAUGUUGGUAGGAAAGAAGAUAUAUGAAUGUAAUCAGUGCAGCAAAACCUUCAGCCAGAGCUCAUCCCUUCUUAAGCACCAGAGGAUUCAUACUGGGGAGAAACCCUUUAAGUGUAAUGUAUGUGGGAAACACUUCAUUGAACGCUCCUCCCUUAAUGUACAUCAAAGAAUUCAUACUGGAGAGAAACCCUAUAAAUGUAAUGAAUGUGGGAAAGCCUUUAGUCAGAGCAUGAAUCUUACUGUCCAUCAACGAACUCACACUGGAAAGAAACCGUAUCAGUGUAAAGAGUGUGGCAAAGCCUUCCAUAAGAAUUCAUCUCUUAUUCAACACGAAAGGAUUCAUACUGGAGAGAAACCCUACAGAUGUAAUGAAUGUGGGAAAGCUUUUACCCAAAGCAUGAAUUUGACAGUCCAUCAGAGAACUCAUACAGGAGAAAAACCCUAUGAAUGUAAUGAAUGUGGAAAAGCCUUCAGUCAAAGCAUGCAUCUUAUUGUCCAUCAGAGAAGCCAUACUGGAGAAAAACCCUAUGAGUGUAGUCAGUGUGGCAAAGCCUUUAGUAAGAGCUCAACUCUUACCCUACAUCAGCGAAAUCACACUGGAGAAAAACCCUACAAAUGUAACAAAUGCGAGAAAUCCUUUAGCCAAAGUACAUAUCUUAUAGAACAUCAGAGGCUUCAUUCUGGAGUAAAACCUUUUGAAUGUAAUCAGUGUGGAAAAGCUUUCAGUAAGAAUUCAUCUCUAACUCAACAUCGGAGAAUUCACACUGGAGAGAAACCUUAUGAGUGUAUGGUAUGUGGAAAACAUUUCACUGGACGAUCAUCCCUUACUGUGCAUCAGGUUAUUCACACUGGAGAGAAACCUUAUGAGUGCAAUGAAUGUGGAAAGGCAUUCAGCCAGAGUGCUUACCUUAUUGAACAUCAAAGAAUUCAUACUGGUGAGAAACCCUAUGAAUGUGAUCAGUGUGGAAAAGCCUUCAUUAAGAAUUCAUCCCUUACAGUGCAUCAGAGAACUCAUACAGGAGAGAAACCCUAUCAGUGUAAUGAAUGCGGAAAAGCCUUCAGCCGGAGUACAAACCUUACUCGACAUCAGAGAACUCAUACGUGAGGAAUGUUUCCACUGGCCCCUACAUCAUGUUUAACUCUUCAGUAAUAAUCAUGUAAGACAUACAAUGUAGAAACCUAAUAAAUGUGAUGAUUGUGGGAAUUUUCCAGUUGAAGUAUAAUAUAUCAGAUAAUACCACUGCAGAGAAUUCAUCUAAAAGUAGAGAAAUCUUGAUUCAGAAGGUAUAACUUACUUUAUAUCAAAAGGUUUAAGUGGCUAAUAUAAACAAUGAAGACUCAUGCUGAAGAUAAGUUCUGUUAUAUCAUACUGCACAUUCUCCUUUGGCCAUCAGAGACUUUACACUGGAGAGAAAAAUGUGAGCGUGUUUAACUGGACAGCCCAGAGACCUGGUAUGUAGUCCUAAUUUGCCACUGCCUUGGACAAGUCACCUACUUCCACCAGGUUAUGGUUCUUUAUUUGGUAAAUGAAUGAUUUUGGAGUUAGAAAUCUUGUAGGUUCUCUGUUAGCUCUAAAAUGUUACAACCCUAUAAAUAUAAUGAAUGCUGGGAAAUCUUUGUUCUUUUACAAUCUUAUGCUGUCUGUAUGCUGUCUAGAUGCUCUUGUUCCACAGUCUGGUUUCCUUGGAUGUUUUUGAUCAAAAUUAUUUAGCUUUACCAAUUCCUAGUACCCUUCCAUGCCCCUAAUCUUCCCCUGCAUUGUUACUUUGUCCCCUAACUACAGUCUGGUUUCCAUAAAUUAAUGGAAUAAGUAUGCAAAUCUUAAUGCAAUAGCAUGCUGUUUUGAGUUCUCAAUUAAUAGUUCUUAAACUGUCAUUAAAUGAUCAUUUAGAAAAUAA